UUUCUUCCCACCCUCAAUCACUCCUUUCUCCAAUCUGUACGUUGAACUUGCAUCGCAUCUGACAUGGCAGAGACACUUACCCAUCCACUCGUCAAGGACGGCUGGUUUAAAGAGACUAGCACUCUCUGGCCCGGCCAGGCCAUGACCCUUGAGGUCAAGGAAAUCCUCCAUGUCGAGAAGUCACUCUACCAGGAUGUGCUUGUCUUUCAAUCCACCUCUUAUGGCAAUGUCCUCGUUCUCGAUGGUGUCAUCCAGGCCACCGAGCGCGAUGAGUUCUCCUACCAGGAAAUGAUGACCCAUGUCCCCAUGAACUGUCAUCCCAACCCCAAAAAGGUCUUAGUCAUUGGAGGAGGUGAUGGAGGUGUCUUGCGUGAGGUUAUUAAGCAUGAGGGCGUUGAAGAGGUCGUUCUCUGCGAGAUUGAUCAGGCUGUCAUUCGUGCGUCUAAGUUCUUGCCCAGCAUGGCUGCUGGCUUCGAGCACCCCAAAGUCAAGGUUCACAUUGGUGACGGAUUUGCUUUUCUCGAAGACAAGGUUGAUAGCUUUGAUGUCAUCAUCACAGAUUCUUCUGAUCCUGUUGGCCCUGCUGCCUCUCUAUUUCAGGCCAAGUUCUUUGAGCUCAUGAAGAAUGCCCUUCAUGCUGGUGGAAUCAUUUGCACACAAUGCGAGUGCAUCUGGCUCCACCUACCCAUCAUCAAGGAAGUCUUGGGCUUUAGUCGUAAGCUUUUCCCCCGAGUUGAGUAUGGCUUCACAACCAUCCCAACCUAUCCCUGCGGUCAAAUCGGUCUCAUGGUCUGCUCCAAGGACCCCAACACCAGCAUCAGGGAGCCAGUGCGCCAGUGGUCUAAGGAGCAGGAGGCGAAGCUAUGUCGCUACUACAACACAGAGAUUCACAAGGCUUGCUUUGUCCUACCUCAAUUCGCCAAAGCAGCCCUUGAGGCCCCUGAGGAGUCCAAGUAAAGCGUGCUACCAUAGCUUUUGUUAUUUGUCUUUUUUUUUUUCCACCACAUGCAUCCAU